AGAGGCCGGCGACACCUACCUACUGUAUUACCAAUCCAAAUGAUUGUUGAUGUUGACGUCAAUGAUGCAAUUCACGAUGGACUUACAGCUGUUAAAUCCAGAGAACCGAAAGCCGAAAAACAAACACAAGAAUUCAAUACCGCAAUCAGUGAAGUGACAAAGAUUUUGCCCAUGCAGUUCAAGCAUUGGCACGUGACUACAGGGGUCAGCUUCUGUACUUUCCUUCCUGGAAAUCGCCGACGCUGAUAUCAAAAAGUCCUGAAUCAGUCACGAUAUUCGUUCUAUCCCCGCCCCCACGUCCUACCGUCGAGCUUCUGUUGGGCUCUCCCGCGCUCUCUUUCACAAUAAUCAUGGCUUCUCGGUGUAUCACUAGAAGCUGUUCACAGGUUGCGACUCCGACUCCCUUCUCCGCCGCUCGAGCUUUCCUCCAACUCGCCCCUCAACGAUACAUCCGCACCAGCUCUCCGGUCUUAGACUUCCUCCUUCCAAGUGCUCCAUACCACACCCGAAGCAGAGCUGCCCAUGUUCGCCUGUCAUCGCAGAAGGAAAUUACAACAAGGAGGGCUUUCACAUCGUCGUCUAAACGGCAAGCGACAACAGCUAUUUUCAACCCCCGAGAUGACGAUGAUGGCAAUCCCAUGCAAAUCGAGAUUACCCCUCGGGCGUCGAAUCGUCUGAAAGAAAUCAUGUCCAAAGACUCAAACCCGAAUCUAGCUCUCAGGAUAUCUGUCGAAAGUGGCGGUUGUCAUGGCUUUCAAUACCUCAUGUCUCUCACCACACUCCCACCUUUCAACUCCAGUUCUCUACAGGAAGAGUCAUCGCCAGCAUCGAAUACAUCUUCAAGCAACUCCGAAGCGAUGCCCCCCUCGUCGCCAACAGAUCCAGAAGGGAAGAAGGAGAAGUUGGAUGAGGACGACACGGUGUUUGCAGCAGAUGAUGGGUCUGGGCCCAAGGUUGUCAUGGAUGGACCGAGUUUGGAGGUGCUGAAGGGUAGUAAGGUUGAUUAUACGAUGGAGUUGAUUGGGAGCCAGUUCAAGAUUGUGGAUAAUCCGUUGGCUACAAGUAGCUGUGGAUGUGGAACCAGCUUUGAUAUCAAGGCCUAA